AUGUCAAUCCUCUUCCUCUUCCUCAUCGUCUUCUCCUUCAUCAUCUUUCCCCUCCUCUACAUCAUCUACAAACCACCGGCAUGUCUGAUCCAGCUCCUGACACGCCGUUGGCCCGACGUCCUAUUCCAACUAUCGAUAAAGCAGAGGAUCGUCGCCCUGACCAUUGACGACGGUCCAUCUCCUUAUACUUCAGCGAUCCAACACAUUCUCGACACCAGUGGCGCAAAGGCCACAUUCUUCGUUAUCGGGUCUCACAUCCCUGGCCACGAAAACAUUCUCACAAACCUAAUCCUCAAUAACCACGAACUAGCUAACCAUGCCGUGCGCGAUGAGCCGUCCCGCUCUCUCCCAACGGCAGAGUUGAUUUCGCAGAUCAAAUGCGUCGAGUCACAAGUCGGCGCAAUCUAUGCUUCCCUGCACCGGCAGGCGGCGCAACCAAGGUAUUUUCGUCCCGGCAGUGGAUUCUUCAGCACCUCGAUGCGUCAAGUUCUCCGUGAUCUCGACUAUCGCCUCGUAUUGGGAAAUAUCUACCCCCACGAUGCACAGAUUUCUUUCUGGAGACUCAACGCCUGGCAUAUACUCUCCAUGGUGCGGCCCGGCGGCAUCAUUGUUUGCCAUGACAGGAAGUGGACGCCGUCGAUGUUGAGGACCGUCCUGCCUGAGCUGAAAAGGAGGGGAUACGAGGUCGUCACCGUGACUGAACUGCUAAAUGCAGCGGAGUCGUGA